GAUGAACACUUUAUUUGUAGUUUAUUUGUAGAUAUGAGUUAAUAUGAUGAGGAAGAGUCUGAAUCAAAGACUGAUAACUGUCAAAGCAAUGCAUUUACUCCAUUCAAAACACUAGGCAUUUAUAAAAGUGAAAAGUCUGACUAUUGGCUGUUAAAAUAAUACAUGAUUUUCAAGGAGUAAUUUAAAGCAUACAAACAUUAUACCUGGAACAAAAAAACAAAAACAAAAAAAAAGCAAAAAAAAUCCAAAGGCCAAAUUAAUAUAUUACAUUCAGUUUUCAUUUGACAGUUUUUGGAAAUAUGCACAAAGUCCAAUCUGACAACCAUUGGCAGAGUAUUUUACAAGUUCAUUUGUUACUAAUCCUGUCCUUUGCUCCUGGUAAAUGCAAGGUAAUUUAGCUAAACCAAGGUUAAACUAUGGGUUUCACUUCCCCUGAAAAUGACAGUGGUUAGCAGUGACAUUUAGUUAUCCUUUAACAGUUAUGCCAGCAACAGUACCAACAGACACACGUGUUGAUGUACAUUUGCUUCUGAGGACAUUGUCCUCUCAUUCUUUUGUAAAAUGCAAGUUUGCGUCAGCAAAAUGAAUCAGUUUACAACAGUGAAUUUAGAAGCUUAAUCGAGUCAGAUCAUUACUGCAGAUUGUCAUACUCUGUGAUUCAAAACCAAUAGAAGCAAACAAUUCAACAAUUUCAGAGUUCAGAGAAUAGUUCCAGCAAGAGAGGCAUUGAGAACUAACAUUUUAUUCAAUGGUAUAGUUCAAGAACAGUGGCCAGCAACAUUCAGAAUUGUGUUUUGUGGUUUCAAUUGGGCCUUAUCAUAUUCAGAUAAUACUUCACGUGAAUUUCCCGUCACGGGUAUCACUUACCCUUUGAAAGAGGUUCCAGAUGCCCUCUUGUACACCAGAGUGGUGCUGUUUUAAUGGAUGAACAAUUAAUUCAGGUGGGAGGGGAGUCUUCCCUUGCAUGUCUUAAAUAAAAAAGUUGUGCAGAUGUCAGUUCACUCCUCUCAUCCUGUCGUACGGUAUCUCUCAAGCAUGGGAAAGGGUUUCUACAUCAGUAAAACUGUAGGGAUAGUGGGGAUUGUGGUAGCUGCUGGAGCGGUAGCCACAAUCAUAGCCCUCUCAGUGGUCUACUCCCAAGAGAAGUCCAAGAAGAAUGAGAAUGAGGUGAAACCCACCAUUGAAGUGACUACCACAACAGCAGCAACAGUUCCAACAACAGCUCAAUCAAAUGAGCCUUGGGAUCAGUGGCGGCUUCCUCAAACCCUGCUUCCAGAAUCCUACAAUAUCACCCUGUGGCCACGGCUCCAGCCGGGGGCCUACUUCUUCACGGGGAAGUCCAGCGUGUUCUUUAAAUGUGUGCAAGAGACAGACCUCAUCCUCAUUCACGCCAAUAAACUGAAUAUGACAAAAGAUGCAAUCUUGAGAGCUCUCGGAAGCACACCGGCUCCUUCCAUCGACUGGAUCCGGAUGGAGACGAAAACGCAGUAUUUGGUGAUUCGCCUGAAAGCUAGAUUAACUGUUGGGGAAAGCUAUGAGCUCUACACAGAGUUUUCAGGAGAGCUUUCAGAUGACUUGGGUGGCUUCUACCGGAGUGAAUAUGAUGAGAAUGGAGUGAGGAAAAUUGUCGCGACAACCCAGAUGCAGCCAACAGAUGCCAGGAAAGCUUUCCCCUGCUUUGAUGAACCAGCAAUGAAAGCUGUAUUCCAUGUCACUCUUCUCCAUGAUCGUGGAACAAAAGCCCUUUCCAAUGGCUAUGAAAUGAUAAUUGAAGACACUACAGUGGAUGGCGUUGAGGUAACCAAAACCACAUUUGAGGCCACAGAAAAAAUGUCAACCUAUUUGUUGGCAUUUAUUGUCAGCGAUUUCGGUAGAAUUGAAGAAAAUGAGGAGAAUCCUAAGAUUCGAAUUUUUGCCCGUCAAGAAGCCAUUAACGCAGGCCAAGGGCAGUAUGCACUUAACGUGACUAGAAAGAUUCUCAAAUUCUUUGAGGAAUAUUACAAUGCAUCCUAUCCACUGCCCAAAUCAGAUCAAAUCGCUCUGCCAGACUUUAGUGCUGGUGCAAUGGAAAACUGGGGCUUGAUCACGUACAGAGAGACUGCCUUGCUAUAUGAUGAUGAAUUAUCCUCAAAUGCAAACAAAGAGAGGAUUGUUACUAUUAUUGCCCAUGAACUUGCCCACCAGUGGUUUGGAAAUCUUGUGACACUAAGGUGGUGGAACGACUUGUGGCUCAAUGAAGGUUUUGCAUCCUAUGUUGAAUAUCUCGGGGCAAAUGAAGCUGAGCCAAUGUGGAACAUUACAGACCUGAUCGUUCUGAAUGAUGUGCACCGAGUUUUUGCCAUAGAUGCUCUGGCCUCUUCUCACCCCUUGUCCUCUAAGGAAGAGGAAAUCCAAAGACCAGAGCAAAUCAAUGAAGUGUUUGAUGCAAUCUCCUACAGUAAGGGAGCAUCAGUACUUAGAAUGCUAUCUGAUUUCCUCAGUGAAUCAGUGUUUACUGAAGGACUCAAAACCUAUCUGGAUUAUUUCAAAUACAACAACACUGUGUACACAGACCUUUGGGACCAUCUUCAAAUGGCCGUGAACAAGAUCAGACCGGACAGCCUCCCCAAAACGGUGCAUGAGAUUAUGGACCGUUGGGUUCUUCAAAUGGGCUUUCCUGUGGUCACUAUUGACACCAGAACUGGUCAGAUCUCACAGAACCACUUCCUCCUUGAUCCUGUCUCUGAAGUUAAAAGGUCUUCAGAAUUCAAUUAUGAGUGGUUUGUACCAAUUCAAUGGAUGAAGACAGGAGUAAUGCAAGAUCUAGAUUGGCUGCUAGAGAAAGAAGAAACAAAAGUAAACAUGAAAACAAAAGAUAAUGAGUGGGUUCUGGCCAACAUCGAUGUGGUAGGAUACUACAGGGUUAACUAUGACAGUGAAAACUGGGAACGCCUACUCAAUAUUCUCCAGACAUCAAGACCGAAAAUUCCUGUUAUUAACCGAGCACAAAUAAUUGAUGAUACAUUCAACCUGGCCAAAGCUCAAAUUGUUCCAACAACAUUGGCUCUAAGAACCACAAAGUAUCUUCACAAUGAAACCGAGUACAUGCCGUGGGAGGCAGCUCUCGACAACUUGGACUACUUUUACCUCAUGUUUGAUCGCACUGAGGUGUACGGCCCCAUGCAGGCAUAUGUUAGAAAACAGGUGGAACCCUUGUAUGAACACUUCAAAAGUCUAACAAACUGGACGGAUGUCGCAAAAGGACAUACUGACCAAUAUAACCAAGUAAAUGCACUCAGAGUUGCUUGCAGCACUGGUCUAAAAGACUGUAACACUCUAGUCUCAACAUGGUUCGAAGAGUGGAUGAACAAUUCAGCCGUCAACCCUAUUAAAGCCAACUUGAGGUCUACGGUGUACUGCAGCGCCAUUGCUGCAGGAGGUGCUAAGGAAUGGGACUUUGCCUGGGAAAUGUUCAAAAAAGCCACCAUUGCCUCAGAGGCAGAGAAACUGAGAGCUGCACUGGCAUGUGCCACUCAGCCCUGGUUACUGAACAGGUAUCUGGGAUACGCUUUGAAUGCAACUCUAAUUCGGAAGCAAGAUGCCACCUCUACCAUUAUCAGCAUUGCAAGCAAUGUGGUUGGCCAACCUUUGGCUUGGGACUUUGUUAGGGCCAACUGGGAAUACAUUUUCAAUCAAUAUGGAGGUGGAUCUUUCUCUUUCUCCAAUCUGAUCAAUGGUAUAACAAAGAGAUUCUCAACUGAAUUUGAACUGCAACAGCUGAUUCAGUUCAGGGAUGACAAUGCUGAUGUAGGCUUUGGUUCAGGCACCCUCGCCAUCGAGCAGUCCAUCGAGAGGACUAGAGCAAACAUCAGAUGGGUCAAAGACAACAAGGAAUCCGUCUUGAAAUGGUUCAGUGAUGAGUCUAAAUCACAAUAAUGCACAUAAUGUAGCUUGUUUGCUCUGAUGAGGAGAGGAAAAUUGGGACUCAUUGUUUUGCUGGGCCUAGAUGGUUAGAGCAUGAAAGGAAAUGGCUAUUUAUUCUCCAUGAUGUUCUAGAUUGUAAUAUUUUCCAGAGGUACUUUCUUCCUAUGAUGCUGUAUACUUUAUAAAGACUUUCCUUAAAGAAUGCUUAGUGUUAUGAUUGUUAAUUUUUUCCACUUUAAUAUUUUUGUAAAAAUUUGAUUUUUCUAAUGUGUAAACUUUUUUGUUAAAUGUAUUAUUUUGGUAUUUUGUUCAAUGAAAAUAAACAAAGUUUUUGAA